UCAAAAGUUUCGUUUCUCUUUCAAACCAAUACCCCUCUAUAUUUCCCUCCCUCCCUGCAUCUCUCUACCUCCGAUGUGUUAUGCCAGAGUGCAGUGCGGUUAGGUGCUCUACUAGUGUGGAUGUGUUUGAAUAUAUACUGAGGCAAUAAUAUAGGAUAAAGACAGAACUUGAAGAGAGCACAAGAGUGGAAUUUAUAUUGUCUCCAGGCAUGAGCUGUCUACCGGCUUAUUCAGGAGCUAGAAUAUCUGGCUGUUGGACUCUAAGAUCUGAUGGCAGUGGAGGUGGUGAUGGAUCACUGGACCGACUCCUCCCCUCAGUGAGCACGGGCCUGACACCUCGGAAAAGAACCACCAGCCAGUGCAAGUCUGAGCCUCCUCUCCUCCGCACAUCCAAACGAACCAUCUACACCGCUGGACGCCCGCCCUGGUACAACGAACAUGGAACACAGUCCAAAGAGGCCUUCGUCAUUGGUCUGUGCGGCGGCAGCGCUUCAGGAAAGACAACAGUAGCCAGGAAAAUCAUCGAGGCUCUAGAUGUGCCUUGGGUUGUGCUACUUUCAAUGGACUCUUUUUACAAGGUCCUGACCCCAGACAAGCAGAUUCUUGCCGCCAGUAACGACUAUAACUUUGACCACCCUGAUGCCUUUGACUUUGGUUUGCUGACACACACCCUGCGCAAACUCAAACAAGGCAAGAGCGUGAAAAUCCCUGUGUAUGACUUUACAACCCAUGGGAGACAGAAGGAUUGGAAAACUGUGUAUGGAGCCAGUGUUAUCAUCUUUGAGGGAAUCAUGGCCUUUACAGAUAAAGAGCUCUUACAGUUGCUGGACAUGAAGAUUUUUGUGGACACGGAUUCCGACAUUCGCUUGGUGCGCCGGUUGAGGAGGGACAUUACAGAUAGGGGGCGAGACAUCGAAGGCGUCAUCAAACAGUACAACAAGUUUGUGAAGCCAGCGUUUGAGCAGUACAUCGAGCCCACCAUGCGCCUGGCCGAUAUUGUGGUGCCACGUGGUGGCGGCAACAUGGUGGCCAUUGAUUUGAUCGUGCAGCAUGUACACAGUCAGCUGGAGGAGAGGAAACUUCGCUGGGAUAUGGCAGCCCUGGCAUCUGCACACCAGGCACAACCCCUCCCCCAGACCCUCAGCGUCCUGGAGAGCACACCCCAGGUCAGGGGUAUGCACACCAUCAUCAGAAAUAAGGAAACCAGCCGCGAUGAGUUCAUCUUCUACUCCAAGAGGCUGAUGCGUCUGUUGAUCGAGAGAGCGCUCUCCUUCCUCCCCUCACAGGCCCACCUGGUCCAGACCCCCCAAGGAGAGGAUUAUGAAGGCAGGACUUUUCAUGGGAAGAGGAUCACGGGCGUGUCCAUCCUGCGAGCCGGGGAGACCAUGGAGCCGGCACUGAGAGCCGUGUGCAAAGACGUCCGCAUCGGCAAGAUCCUCAUUCAGACCAACCAGGACACAGGAGAACCAGAGCUUCACUACCUGCGUCUCCCCAAAGACAUCGGUGAGGAUCAUGUGAUUCUGAUGGACUGCACCGUGUCCACUGGAGCCGCUGCCAUGAUGGCUGUACGAGUCCUGCUGGAUCACGAUGUUCAGGAAGAGAAAAUCCUGCUGGUGUCUUUGCUAAUGGCGGAAAUGGGAGUUCAUUCAGUGGCCUACGCGUUUCCACAGGUCAAAAUCAUCACGACAGCCGUCGACAAGAAGGUCAACGACCUCUUCCACAUCAUACCUGGCAUCGGAAACUUUGGGGAUCGUUACUUUGGAACGGAUGCACCUCCUGACUGGAGCGAUGAAGAGAUGGACGAGCCCAGUUACUAAUGACGAUAUUGACUGUGCACUUAAGUGUCUGGUGAUGCUGGUCAGUGCCCCUCUGAGGACAAUACGAGGACCUGCUCUUUGCUUCGGUCAGGCCAUGACAUACUGUACAGUUUGUCCUCUAAGAUCCACACAAGGGCCCUGAAGUACAGUGAAAUACAUCGCUACAGUCACCUUGUUCAAUCUUUAAAUUAUAUUAUUUAAUCUUGUGUAAAUACUGUUGUGGAAAGUGGUGUUAUGAAGGUUAAAUAUUUUUAUAUUUUGAUUAAGUUAUAAAAGUUAUAAAGUCCAAAUGUUUUAUUUUGGUCUUUGAAUUUUGGCAAUCUCUGUUUGGAAAUCUGCAGACCCGUUGUUUUAAGAAGAUAUUUCUUGCCUUAAGCCGUGCACUGUGGACGACACAACUGAAUGUAAAUUUGCACGAGCAGUACGAGAGAAAAAAGAUUCAAGCUUUCAAGGUCAUUUCGAUCAAACAGCUUCCUCACAACUUUCACAAAAGUAAAAAAAAUCAGAACAUGAACUCAUGUUGCUCAACUUCCAUUGCCACGAGCACUUUCUGAAGGACCAUUCAAUCGGAAAAUGUGUAGGUGUAUCCGUCUCUUUCUCUUUUUUUUUCGCUCUCUGGUUCAGCCUUUCCCUUCUCUGUGGAUGCCGACCUCACCAGUUAAAAAGGAUGUUGAAAACCGCUUUUCAUUAUACAGCUGAAAGUAUGCACUUGUGAUGGGUAUUUAUGCAGUAUGUCCUUCAUUUACAUAUUUUUACUAUGGAUAGACAUGACCAGUGAAAAUAGAACUCAUGCCUCUUUUUACUGCCGUGAAAAUGGGUCAUCUGCAAUUUUUUUUUUUUUUUUAAACACACAGAGAUAAAGUGUUUAUUUCUGUCCCACGCAUCCUAAUUUAUGCCUCUUUUUGUUCUGCUUUAGAGGGAAUUGUGUUAUUCUAAUUAAAAACCGAAAGGGGCUGUUAGGAUGUGAACUCAGAACAGGUCGAAGGUGUUCUGCUAGUGCCUGAUGCUCUUCACGUGGAAUCAGUAUUGAAACAAACGAGAUGUGCUUGUUAGAAUCUGUGCCUGUUUAACGUGGCCUUGCUCUUAAAAGGAUCAGUUCAACAGCUCGCCACCGAGUCACAUGGUUUUCUGUACAAAUGCAAUUAAUGGUGACGCUCUCUUCUAUGCGUUCACAACUAAUUUUAUUCACAUGCACUGUAAGAGGAGAAACAUAAACACUGUGGUUUGUGUUGAAAAUGUAACUCCAUGCAUCCUGUCACAUUAUACUUACUGUUACAACUGUGUCAACAUUUAGUCAACUGCUGGAGUUCCACAGUUAGCGAGUCGCUCCGUACUGAAAAUGCAGUGAUUGUGUUUGCAGCCUCAGUGUUUGACCACGUGCUGUUUUUUGGUCUUUAAUUCUUCUGCUGCAUGUUUGUUAUAUAUUUAAUAAAAAAAAGUGCAAUAGAGCUUUUA